AAGCAUGAGGAAGAAGAAAGAAUGAAAGCUAGCUAGAUUCCACAAUGGGAGGAGCUUCUUCGAGUUGGAUCAGAGCAAUACUGCAUAUUUCGCCUUACACUUUCUCCGCCAUCGGCAUUGCCAUCUCCAUCGGCCUUUCCGUUCUCGGAGCCGCCUGGGGUAUAUAUAUAACUGGAAGCAGUUUGAUUGGAGCUGCCAUUAAAGCUCCUCGAAUAACUUCAAAAAAUCUCAUCAGUGUGAUAUUCUGUGAAGCAGUUGCAAUAUAUGGUGUGAUUGUUGCAAUAAUUCUGCAGACAAAGUUGGAAAGUGUGCCGAAAUCACAGAUAUAUGCACCAGAAUCACUUAGAGCUGGUUAUGCAAUUUUUGCUUCUGGGAUUAUAGUUGGCUUUGCCAAUCUUGUUUGCGGGUUGUGUGUCGGGGUGAUUGGGAGUAGUUGUGCAUUGUCUGAUGCACAGAACUCGACUCUGUUUGUGAAGAUUCUGGUUAUUGAAAUAUUUGGAAGUGCACUUGGCUUGUUUGGUGUUAUUGUUGCCAUUAUCAUGUCUGCUCAAGCUUCAUGGCCUUCUAAGUCUCUAAUCUAAUCUAAUCUAAUCCAUUUCUUACCUGUUUGUUCAUCAUGGGUCUGUAAUUAAUUGUUCACUAAACAAAACACAACACUUGUUUUUGUGAUGUAUAAACAGAGGAUAAUUAAUCUUCCAAUAUAAAAUAAUGAAAUAUAAACAUUACUGGCCAA